GCAACUCUUCUUCCAACAAACCGAAAACACCAUUGUUCCAGAUUUUUCCGAAUCCGAAGUUUGAUUUCUUUGGUUUAUUUCCAUAGAAAGUUUUUUCUUCUAUUUUUUUUCCUUCGUUGGUCAUUGUCGCCUUUGCUUGUAUUUCAAAUUUUUCUUCUCUGGAAAUAGGCGGCUGUGCCUGGUGAUCUCUCCCUAGUUUUCAUUGUGCUUGGGUGAGAAAUGCAAGAUCCAAGGAUGCCAAUACCUGAUGAGGUGCCAAACCAUAAACCUCAAAAGAAGAAGACGUCGACCCAAAAAGCUCCUAUGUUUCAGAUGAGAAGGCAUGAUGUCAAAGCAGUUAAAGAUGUACAAGGUUCUGUGCCAUUGAAAGCAGGGCAAAAGGUCUCAAAAAGAGCUUUAAGGAAUGAGGUUUCUCCGAUGGUUCACCAACCCGAAAGGUCGAAUUCAGAUUCGUUACCAAACUCAUCCACUUCUGGAAAUGAGUACCGGUCAUUGAGGCGGAAGUACCUGCUGCUGGAGGAAGAGAGCUUCACGCUGGGGAGAGAUUUGAGAGAGGUUGAAGAUGAGGUCAAGAGCCUUGAAGAUGAGAAGCAUGCACUCUUGGACAGGCUUGUUGUGUUAGAAGGCCUGAUUGAUCCGUCCGAGCUGCUGUCGCAACAGGGGAAAUUAUAACUCGUACCAUUACAGGUUGUUGCCAUUCUUUACAAGUAUGUGCUGUCAACGUAUCAAUGUUUGAGCUCUUUAACAUAUUUGGCUCCAAGACAAGAUCUUAAAGUUAAUGAUGAAUGCUUCUGAUGUUGUAAAUAAAAAGAUGGACUAGACAGCCGAUUGAUUAAUGGGGUUGAUUCUUUGCCUCAAUAAACUUUUAGAAUUUCAUGUGUGAUUGUGAUAAUUGAUGGUCUGUAGAAUCAUAUUGAAGGUGUACAAUAGUGAAGAGUUCUCACGUUGGAAAAAUCCAUUUACAUUUUUCCUUGGGGGGAAUUGGGUUUAAAAACUUUAUCCUGUGGCACUUCGGGAGCCGGAUGAAAAUAUUAGUAGUAGGACAGCAGGUUCUGAACCUAGAUGUCUUUCUAUGAGACUAUAUGAAAAAAAAUUUCAUCAGUGAAAGUUUUGGCCAUUCAGUUCUGUACUAGAGGAUGUUUUUUGUUACGAACAAGUCGGAUUUAAUAAAAGCCAUCGCAUUUGACUCUU